AGAAGACGAUGUCGGAGGAUGCAAUAUGGAAAUUCUGCAACGCGCUGGCAUCAUUCUGCAACCAACUUCAGUCCAAUUCCGAUGCUCUCAAAUUAUCUAUAGAUCGCCGCCCCAUUCCUCUCGAUUCUGCAUCUUCCACCUUCGUUCAAUCCCUUAACCGCCGCGUAUCCACCUCCGCCGCCGACCUCGAGCUCCUGGACUCGAUGUCGUUCGGCACCGUCUCCUUCGAAGAGCUGUUAGGUCACUGCAACGAACUCUAUAAGAAAAACCACUCCGAUCUACUUGAACUCGAAGAUCGUCUCAAGAGCAGCUACGGCUACGUUCCAGCUCCAGAUUUUGAGGAUGAAGAGGAUGAUGAAGAAGAAGAAGGAGAGAUUCUAGCUCCUGUGCCGGAUUCUAGCUUCAACGAAGAUGAUUUAUUUGAUGAAUCUAUGAGUUUGAAACAACUUGGACUCUCAGAUGCUUGUCUGGCCACGUUAGCAUCUGGAGUCUUAUUUUCUUGCACCGGUGCUGCUGAUUUAUUUCCACAAGAACCUGAGAAGGAUCAAGAGUUUAAGCUGCAGCAGCAACCUGUUGUAGACAAAAUAGUGGCAUCUGAGGGGAGGAAUUUCUUAUCUGAUGAGGCAAACAAGGAGAAUUUAGAGUCAGCUGAACCUUCCAGCUCUCUUAUAAAGAUAUCGGAAAGAGAAUUUGAAUGUCUUCCUGGCUACAUGAAGGGUCUAGUGACAUGGGAGGAUUUACUUGUAGCUGUUGAUAAAAUCAAUUCAAGCCUCAGGAAGAAAACCAAUGGAGGCAACUACUUCCGGCAAGAUGAAAUCCCUUCAUUUGAUUUAGGUCCUAAAGCAAGAUCAUAUUUGCUGGUUUUGGUGCGCAUGAACCGGUUGGUUGUUGAACCAAUUGAUGGAAUACUAUCGUACAGAGUAUUGUAGAUGUGAAAACCAGUGAAGAACUGUGUUUCAUGAAGAGGACAGGAAGAAAGCACAUAGCUAGUUAUAAAAGUCUCAGUAAUUUCAAUGAACUGUCUUUGAGGUUUUAAAUUCUGUGAUCCAUUCCCA